AAGUGACCAUAAACAAUAAAAUGGCGCCUGGUUUUUUGUGUGUGCGAUAAAAUUAUUGUUUUCGUAAUACUGAAAUGUGUAGUUGAGUGUUAAUGUUUUUAUGUUGUUUAUAAUAUAGAAUAUAUAAUGAGGUACCGUUACACGAUAAAUAUGCGAAAAUUUGAUAAGUUUAAGACAGAUUACGUGUGUGUCAAUCAUGUCUGCAGCGUCCUAUACCGCCUUUUUUACUGACUUGAUUGGUCUAAUUUAGUAGUAAUCGCCGUGAGUUUUUUACUUAAAUUCAAUAAAAGUUUGUUAACUAUUGUUUAUAAGUGUAUGUGUUAUCAAUAACAAGUGUGCGGCGUUGUGUUUUUGAUGGGUGCGUUUUGCGUUAGUAGUUGUGAAAGCGUUUAUGUAGGUAAUGGGCGAACUGUCAUGAGUAGUGUUUACUAUCGAGUGUGUGGACUUGUGUUGGUUAAUUUGUUUAUCGGCGCGGCAUAGGAUUUGUUGUCAACAUGUGUAUGCCAACGCCAAGUAAUGUGUCGGGCUUCGGUUACUCGUGGGGCUUCACCAGCUCCGCCGACCUGACGAAGGGCGAGGUGGAGACUCCAAGCAGUUUAAGUUAUACUUUAGGGAAUACGAUUUCACCUGAAACCACAUUGACUGUUAUGUCACAUAAGACACCGCAGGUGCAGGAGAAAGUUGGUACAGUAGUAGCAGUAUCUAAUGCAGCGCAGGUGACAAGGGUUGUGGCAACUGGCACUCCGGUCACUUCACGGAGGAUGUUUGUAGUGAGUGAGGCUCCCGCACACACACUGAACAGGGUCACACAGCAAAACCAGACUGCGACUAUACAGACGACAAAUCUAGCUCCGAAACAAUUUCUCACACCAAUCGGUCCUAUACAAUUAACAGCAGAAGAAUGCAACGAAAUCUUAAUGAAAAGAGCACUGCAAGCGCAGGGUAUAGCAACUCCUGUGAUAGACACAUCACAACUCAGCCACACCUUGUUGAAUGGCAGCCUGAAAACAAUAACGGAAGCAGCACAGAGCCAAGCUGACAACAUACAAACCACAACAGUACAUCAGCAUAACAUGCUGCAUACGAAACAAGAACCGGGAACUGCUAAUAAUUCACCCAAAACGGAGGUGCUAGGCGGCGCGCUCAGCCAAUUCGAAGAUCAGAUCAUUGAGAUUAAGAACGAAACUAUUAUUUAA